UGUCAAUAGCAUUUAAAACGUGCUUCAAGUAAGAGCGUGUGUUUCGGUAGAUGAGCGACGCGACGCCACAGUCGUUACUGGCGGUUAAGAGCUCCGUAUUGUUUUUUCUUCUGUUUGGGUUUUGCGGUUUCAUUAGUUGCACCAUAAUAGGUACCUACUAAAGGCUUCAGAAAUAAAAACACAAAUGAUAGUGACUUAAUAACAAUCAUCAUACCGAUAACUUGAGAGGCUUUUUGUGAUAAAUUGAUGGAAGUUUUGAAAAUCAUUGAAUUCAAAGAAAUACAAAUAAAGGAAGAACAAAAAUUAAACAAGGAAGUGCCCAAUUCAGUUUAUUGACUGAAUGACGACGGAAUUAUCAGUGGAAAACCAUAAGAUCUGCAAGACACAAAGCGACCCUCAUUCUUAAAAACGGGAGGAGAAGAAUUCAAAUUAAUUUUUCAGUUCGUUUUUGAAGAUUUAUUUGUUUAAUUUUCUUUUUCUGUGUUCGAGAAGGCAACAAAAUACUCGAUUUGCAGUUAAUAAAUAAAUAUCGUGCGUUAUAAGAAUAAUUUUCGCCUUGUCAGAUUGUGUGCUGUUUUUGUAUUUGGUUCAUUUAUUCUCAGGCCCAAUCGAACGAUCAUCUUUUUAUUUUUUUUUUUCAAAACCAAAAGAUGCAAAUGCACUUUUAAACAAAAACAACAACAACAACAUCUAUAAAGAAAAUACCUCUCUCAUGUGUAAUAUUAUGAUUUUAAUUGAAAUAAUUUUUAUUAUUACACCUGAAACGUAACAUCAGCAGUGUGUGUGUUAAGUGUCUGUGUGUUUGUGUUUUCUGUUUUAUAUACUAAAUAUACCUACAUGUGUUCUGUACAUAGAUGAAGUAUAUGGUGCUCGCAAAAUUUUUGUAUAAAUUAACAAAAUAAUGAUGACUCAACGCAAUGCCAUUAAACAGCCAUUUGUGCUACGUCAUAGAUGGCCGACAGGUUUAGGAGUGAUUUUAGCAAUGGCGGUGGUGAGUUUGUCUCGAUUGAGUGAAAUCAAAGGUGAGACACUGUCACAGCAACAACAAAAACAACAACAACAGCAAGAGAAGUUGCUAGAUCGUGAAGAUGUUAACCUGGUGUAUGUGAAUAAAUGUUGUGAGAAGUUCGAAGUACAUUUGGAUACAGUAUGUACUCAAGUCAAUGAAACAGAAUUCUUCCAACCAAUGUUUACCAGUUACAGUGGCGAACAUAACAUUCCAGUGAAUUAUAAAUUCGUGAUAGGUAUUCCAGGAUGUGGAUCAAUGCAAAUAUGGCCUAUUUAUCACUAUCCAGGGAGCGCAGAUAAAUUGAUUCUACUAAGUGAUGGUAAAUUAAGGCAUUAUACAAAUACAAAUGAAGAUCAAUACGAACAUGCGGAUUAUCGGGACGAAGAUGACAAUGAACGCAAACCACUUUUUCACGAUUAUCGACAAGGACAAUAUUGCUUGGAUAAGGCUAUUUCAACAAGUGGUGAUCAUCGUACAAUACUUUUUGCUAAUAUUUGUUUGGCAAAAAAAGAAAUCAAAUGGACUGAUACAAACUUUUUACUCAGGAAAAUUCUUAAUCCAAUAUUUCAUGGGAUUUCGAUUAUAAUGCUUCUACUUGUUGCAAUAAUUUACUUUAUUUUGCCAACUUUGAGAGAUUUAGUUGGAAAUAUAAUAACAACAAUUGCCAUGUGCCUUUUAGUGAGUCAGGCUGCUGAUCUUGUCAGGAUUUUUACCGAAUUCAGUAGUCAUAUAAGUUUUAUUAUUGUCGAUACAAUCCUAUACGUUAGCUUAUUGGGAGCAUUUUUCUGGCUUAAUAGCUUUGGUUAUUACAUAUGGAAGACCUUCAGAUCAAGAAAUGUUUUUUUGCGAGUAACAGAUGGCCGUAAAUAUUGUUACUACUCAGCAUAUGCCUGGGGUGCUACUGGAACUAUGGCAGCAACUGCAAUAUUUUCACAUUUCUUCCUCGACGCGGAUUCGUAUAAGAAACAAAAUGUAGUUGCAGACCAAGAGACUAUCGGUUGGCUGGGAAUAGCAAUGUUCUUUUCUCCAAUUGCAUGUACAAUUUUGAUUGAUAUAUUUUUCUACGUAACAACAUUAAAAUUAAUCAAUCGAAGAAAUGUUUAUGGACGAAUUCAACAUAAGCUCAAAGCAAACUUUGUCAUGUACUCAUUGCUGCUUCUUGUAAUGGUUAUAUCGUGGACAUUUUUAAUACUAUCUUGGUUGGAAUAUGAAGGAUUACUUUAUGCACACAUUAUGGUCAAUGCCAUCCAAGCUCCACUCAUAUUAUAUAUUUGUGUUCUAAGACAAAAACAUGUAACGUUCUUGUUGAAAAAAUCAUGUUGCUACAACGAACCACCAUCGUCAAACGAUUGGGGAGACGAAAUGAAUUACAUGAAUGGAAAUGAUUAUUGACGUAUAGGUACAACAUCAUAAACAAUAACACUAAACUACAAUAACAAUCUCAGCUAGAGCGUAAUGAACUUGAAUCUAAUGGAUGUAAAAAUAAGGCAAAGAAAGAAUAUUAUGUUGUAAGGCUUUUAUGGUAAAAACAAAUAUUUGUAAGGACUUCUUGGUAGUUUAAGUGAAGCACAGAAGUGUACUUAAGAGAAUUAUUUAUUAUUUUUAAUAAAAAAUCAAUAAAAAAAAAACAA